AAAAGUAAGCUUAUCGAUUUUUUUACAAGAAAUAUAAUUAUAUGAAAAAUUUGACUGUCUAGACUAUACUAUAACUACAUUUUAGUUGGUUAUCCUGACUAUAAUAUAACUAAACAUUUCGAACGGUUUGUUUUGAUGUUGAUCGUGCGAUAUUUAAAUACACAUCAAAGUGAUAAAAAAUGUUACCUUUGUCAUUAUUAAGAACUGCUCAAAAUCAUCCUAUGCUAGUCGAACUUAAGAAUGGAGAAACGUAUAAUGGACAUUUAGUUAGUUGUGAUAGCUGGAUGAAUAUUAAUCUCAGAGAGGUUAUAUGUACAUCCAGGGAUGGCGAUAAAUUUUGGAGAAUGCCUGAAUGUUAUAUUCGAGGUAGUACAAUUAAGUAUUUACGAAUUCCUGAUGAAGUCAUAGAUAUGGUAAAAGAAGAUGUACAAAUGAAAUCGAGGGGACGUGGAGAAAUGAAAGGAAGAGGACAAAGUCAACGAGGUCGUGGUAGUGGAAGAGGAACUUUUGGUCGUGGUGGUAGAGGCCCUGCUGCUCUUGGUCGUGGUGCAGGUAAUCAAGGAGGAAACAAAUCUCAAAAUAAAGCAAGAACCAAAUGAAAUUAUGUUAUCAUUUUAGUUUACGUAGCAAAUCUUCAAUUUCCUAUUCUUUUUCUCAAAAAUAUUCAUACAAAAUGUAAAAUUAUCACUUUUAUUAUGUAAGUAAUUUUUACUAAGAUGUAUAAACAUACAAACUGAAUACACAGCAAUUUUUGUAACAAAAAUCUAUUAACAAAGUACAGCAAAAAAUACAUUUCUACAGUUUAAUUAUA